UGAGGGUCCGAGCUGGGCUGUGGGUUGACAUAUGUCUGGAAGUUCUUGCAGGGGGACUCGGGAUGGAUCUGUAUAGGGGGUUUGUGGAUUGUCAUUGUCACCUGGCUGCUGCAGAAUUUAACCAAGACAUCGAUAUUAUUUUGCAAGAAGCGAAGGCAGCUGGUGUCCAAGCUCUUGUUGCGGUGGCAGAGCACUCAGCGGAAUUUGAAAAAUUAAUUCAGCUUUCUAGAAGGAAUGCGGGACUGGUGUUUCCAUGUUUAGGGGUGCACCCGGUGCAAACGGACGCCUCGGAGCAGCCACGCAGCGCCACCCUCCAGGACUUAAAAGAUGCUUUGCCUUUAAUUGAACUGUACAAGGAUGAAUUGGUGGCUAUUGGGGAGGUUGGCCUGGAUUUCACUCCCCGGAUCGCCAGCACAGACGACCAGAAGGAAGAGCAGCGUCAGGUGUUCAUCAGACAGAUAGAAUUGGCCAAACACCUAGGACUACCCCUAAAUGUUCACUCCCGAUCAGCAGGAAGGCCGACUAUAAAUCUGUUGAAGGAACAAGGUGCUGAAAAGGUUCUGCUUCAUGCAUUCGAUGGGAAGCCCUCAGUGGCAAUGGAAGGCGUGAAAGCUGGAUUUUUCUUUUCCAUCCCUCCGUCCAUCAUCAGAAGUGAGCAGAAGCAGAAACUAGUGAAACAACUUCCUCUGGAAAACAUGUGUCUGGAAACAGACUCUCCAGCUCUGGGUCCGGAAAAACAGGUGAGAAACGAGCCCAAAAAUAUCACAUUUGCUGCUGAAUACAUCGCUAAAACCAAAGGGAUCUCCCUGGGAGAAGUGAUUGAAAUAACUACAAAGAAUGCCAUCAAACUAUUUCCCAAACUGCAACAAGCUGUUCACAAAUAA